GCAUCGUCAUCUCUUCAGUUGAUUCUUCAAAUUCUUUGACCCUCUGACUUCCCUGGUUCCCCCUCACCAUAAAAAAUCCCGCACUUUUUCUCCUGCUUCAAAACUUCCUCCCAAAACCCAAAACCUCUCACACUUCUCAUCACCUCCCAUCCCUCUCUGGUCUCCAACAUUCCUCGUUUUACCGUUUUGGUCCCUCUUGGUGACAAGGAUUCCUCAUUUUUUCACAUUGGGUCGCCCAUUUUACUAUUUCAGUGUGCUUGAAAAUGGGGGAAUUUAGCAGAGAAAAUGAAAUUCCAAGCAUUUCCCACAUGAUUUCAAAUCUGCGGGCGACGUUUUUGUCCCGGGAUUUCGACCGAGCUGAAGAGAAUUUAGUAGCCCGUGAGGUUAAGCUGAAGAGGGAGAUUAAAGACCUGAAGAACAAGAAUGUUAAGCUGGAAGAACAGCACCAGUUUGAUCAGCUGGACAUGCUCAAAGUUGCGGAUGAGCGAAAUGUUGCGAACGAGAGAUACCAAAAGCUGUUGCAGGAGAUGAAGAGGGAAGUUGGAGGAGAUGAUAACGAUGCGGUUAUAGGGCUGAUGAGGAAGUGCAGUGAGUUGGAGGUUGAGAAAAAGAAGCUUGAGGUUCUGCUUGAACGGGAAUAUUCGGAAACAGAGAGAAGACUUUCGAGGAUAGAGGAGAAAGCAGAGAAAUUGUGGAAUGGGAAUCAUAGUGCAACCUCUUUCCCCCCUGUGAUAAAUUUGGAGAAUGUGUCUAAGUUUAAUGGAAAUGGAAGCGGGGCAGCGAGUGCACAAGACCCUUCUCCAAGCGAUCCUUCGCAUUCUAAAGGAAAUGGAGAUCGGCAAACUUCAGGUGCUCAGAAAUCCCCUAUUUUGGUUAUUGAUAGCGAUGAUGACAAUAAUGGAAACCCCGAAGCCAAUGACUAUUCAGCUUUGCCAAGUGUAGAACAGAAUCCAAAGGUGCUCAAAAGAAAGCGAACUUCAUCUUUAAGUUCUGGUGAUACCGAUGAUAGUGAUGCAAUGCCCUUAAGACAAGAAGAAAAAAAGGGGGCAGAAGAGGAGUCACAAUUUUUAAGGUCUCCUGUGCAGGUGGGUGAUGAUUGCAAUGGUGAUGACAGUUCUAGUUCUACUUCCAGUUCCAGUUCUUCUGACUCUGAGAAUGGCAAUGGAGGUCGGUCUUUCUAUGCUGCAAUUCAAAAGGUCAAAGCAACCCAGGAACGCCGCUACAACUGAUUAUCCACAAGGGUGAUUAAUAGGAACCAUGAUGGAGCUGCAGAUGCAUGAUGGACGUAUUUCUGACUGCAAGCGAAUAUCAGUGGUCGCAUUUUGAUCGGUUUCUUUAGAUGUUCUUGACAUAGUUGUCAAAUACACAGAUCGAUAGACAGAUUGCGAAUAGGACUGAAGAAACAGCACAUGAUUCCUCUCAACUAUCCUUUUACGUUGGGAUCUGAAACCUUUGCUCUUCUUAGUUUCGAAGUGUUGUUACUUCUUUAGGGUUGAAAUUUUAAGACCAGUAUGCAUUUCGUUUUUUUAUUGCAAGUGUAAAGUUAUCAGGUUAUGGUUUACCAAAAAAAUAGUUAUCA